AUUGUGUAGUGAGCACUCCUAAAAGCCACCAGUGCAUCUGCUGUUGGGCCAAGAGGUUUUUUUUGGCUUUGUUUUUGUUUUAAUCUCGGGGACAUACCUCGUUUUUGGUGAACUGCACGUUUGCGCGAACCGUUACAUCGCUUUGACGCAGGAGAUGCUGAGCAGAAAGCUCGAGCAUUAAGCGGGACGUAACUUCCUGCCGAAUCGCACAUAGGACUCGUUAUUUCUGGACGGAUAUGGAGGAGGAAUUCAGCACAUAAGUAGCCGAUUUAAUGAGAGAUGCUCCAAGAAAAGGCUUCAGCUGUGGUUGAUGAAUGUGUGACUGUGGCAGAGUCUGGUGAACUUGCUAAUGACUCACAUUCACAUCUGGGCUUACCUGUGGCCCCAAGCAUCCACCACAACAAUGAAGUCGACCAGAACAUUGAGAACAUCAAAGUAGUUCUUCAUGAGAGGGAACUUUGGAAAAGGUUCCAUGAGGCAGGAACAGAGAUGAUCAUCACUAAAGCAGGCAGGCGGAUGUUCCCUAGCUACAAAGUAAAAGUCACAGGGAUGAAUCCAAAAACAAAGUACAUCCUCCUAAUCGAUAUUGUUCCAGCUGAUGAUCAUCGUUACAAGUUCUGCGAUAACAAGUGGAUGGUGGCUGGAAAAGCAGAACCAGCCAUGCCUGGGCGGCUCUACGUCCACCCUGACUCUCCUGCAACAGGAGCUCAUUGGAUGAGGCAGCUGGUCUCGUUUCAGAAGCUAAAAUUAACAAAUAACCACCUGGAUCCUUUUGGACAUAUCAUACUGAACUCUAUGCACAAAUACCAGCCAAGGUUGCACAUCGUCAAAGCUGAUGAGAACAACGCCUUUGGUUCUAAGAACACGGCCUACUGCACCCAUGUGUUUCAUGAAACCUCAUUUAUCUCUGUGACAUCCUAUCAAAACCAUAAGAUUACCCAGCUGAAGAUCGAAAAUAAUCCCUUUGCCAAAGGUUUUCGUGGUAGUGAUGAAGGAGACCUCCGAGUGUCCAGACUACAAGGGAAAGACUACCCAGUGAUUUCCAAAAACAUGGCACGGCAACGGCUCAUCACAUCACAUACCCAUCUGGCUGGAAAGUUAGGUGCAGGGGUAUUGAGUGGUCAUUCGCAGGUCCACUCUCAUUAUCAGUAUGAUGGUGGCGUUGCCUUGUCCAGUUCUGACCCUCAGGAUCCUCUAUCCAACCCAUUUCCUUCUGGCAGAGAGUCCAGUCUGCUUUACCAUUGCUUCAAGCAUAGAGAUAACAACAGGCAUUUAGAGCAUGGCUGCAAGCGGCCCUACCUUGACACAGCACCCUCAGCAGUUUCAGAGGACCACUACUUCUGCUCCCCUUCUUCCUAUGAGCCUUCUUUUCUGUCUCACCCCUACUCUGGUGAAGCUUUGGGCUCUAGAGAGGCCUGCAUGUAUGGAAGUAUGGAUGGUGAGGCAGGAGCUGUAAGUGUAGCUAAUUCUGAGGACAUGCCUCCACCCUCUCUGAACUGCAACAUGUGGGCAUCAGUGCAGCCCUAUCCUCGUUAUGGUAUACAGACCGUUGAGGCUGUGCCCUACCAGCCCUUCAGUGCCCACUUAGCGGGCACAGCCACGACUGCCUCCAUCGUCUCUCAUCACUCAGCGUCUAUGCAACGGCCACAGCCUGCACCUCAGGUUCCAGACCUGGUGUCUUUUGGAACACAGCAGACUUUGCCACCUGUACCAUCUUCUUCUUCCUCCUCUUCCUCAUCUGGUGCUUCCUCAUGUGAAAGAUCAGCCCAUCUGCCACUGUACCACAGGAAGCCAGGGUCCCCUCUGAGAGUCCACAGGGAUUUCUCAGCCUACCCGACCCAAAGCCCUGCAUCAUCGAGAGAGUCUGUGUACCAGUAUCAGGGCCUCAGCAGCAUAGGGUCCCACUGGACUGACAGCUAAGAUGAGAUGCACCAGUGUAUUGUUUUGUCUGAUGUUUGCCUGUCACCUUAGAGUCUCACACACUGUCUCUAAGGACCCCAAAGAGAUUAUUUUUCUAUAAAGCCAUAUUCACGAAUUGCAAAGUUAAUAUGCAAGUGACAUACUGAAAUAAUAAGUGCAGGAUUUGUAAAUAUACACCACUGUAAAAAAAAAAAAAAAGACACCAGUCAUACUGUAUUUAAUUGUGUUAUGAAAAUAAAGUAUAAACACAUACACUUUAGACAAUAUACACCAGACAAUAUGAUUGGUUUUACUUUUAAAGUAUUUGGGGAAUAAAAUCUGAAUUAAUAAACAACAAGUAAUACUCCAUAAAGCAAUUUCUCCAUAAACCUCCCUUGGUAUUUGAUCUCCAUUUUUCAAAUGCAUGGCAUUCUGUAUUUUAUAUUUUGUUAUAUAUUAAUGCCAGAAGUUGCAGAUCAUGCAGACAUAUAAGUAAAUGAUCAUAUCUUGCUUUACAGCCUCUGGCAAAUGAUUGGAAACCUAUGAAGGUGUAUACUGCUAGCUUUACUUUAAAAUAACAUUAUCUACAGUAUAUGGACCUACAACAAAAUGGCUUUUAUAUUAUUUAAAAUACUGAUUUCAAACGAUUCAGUGGAAAUUCUACACUUUUGAAGAGUAAUGUGUAGAGCGCAUAAAGCAUUUAUUUGCUCUAUAUCAGUGUCAUAUUUAUUUGUGUAGUAUGUAUGUGUACAAUUACAUUGGAGGUAACCAUGCAUAAGCACUGAACUGAAUGCACGAAGAGACCAUUAAUUAGCUUAAGGAUUUUCAAAAUAUCAGUGCCAAUGGUGAGUUAAAGCACAGAAUUUCUAUUCUAUAAGAUGUCAGGAGACAUAAGGGGUUAAUGAAUUUAACAAUGUGAGAUAUUACAAUAUGUUUUUGGACAGCUGAGAUAUUACAAUAAGUUUUUAGCACAAAGUCAGUUCCACUCUGAGUGGGGUAUCAUCAUUUGGCUUAGAUAACUAUGAAGAUGCUUAGGUAACUAAUAAGAAUUUCCCUUAGAGUCCUAAUUACAGCAAAUAAGAAAAUAAACAAAUAAAUUAAUUUAACCACAGAUUCCAAACCUACUAGAUAGGAUAUGUUCUUUAUCUCACUGAGACUAAAUUCUGUGUACUACAAAUUACUAUGCAAAAAUAUGUUGUGGACUAUAUUUCAUAUUUCAGAAGCACUAGUGAGUCUGUAGCACAAUUCACAAAACUAACAAUUUUCUUGGUUCUUCAUAUGUACUUUGAGCUAAAUAUGUUUAUGUUAAUGUGGCUCUAAAUGAGCUUUAUUCUGAAUCAUGCUCUGAUAUGGGUCCAUACAGAAUUUAAGAUCUGUGUGCUGAGAGCACUGAAUUUUAGUUCUGAUUAUGGCAUUAAACUCAAUCCUACAUCGUACACUUAAAGUAACUGGACAUCAGAGAGGGUCAGAACAACCAGAUGGAGCCUUUAAGAGUGAUCUUUAAGCCAAGAAAAGAGAAGAACAGAGAACUGUUAAGAAGUCCAAGACCAAAGACCCAAAGGACUGAGCCCUUACAAGACUGAAAAUGUAAAACAGCAGGCAAAAGGCCAUAACACAAACUCAAAAAGGAUGAACCAGAUCUUGGUAAGCCUG